AGCAUAUUUUAUAGCUGGUUUGAACUGCGAUUAAUUACGAUUAAUUAAUUUUUAAGCUGUGAUUAAGUCGAUUAAAAAUUUUAAUCGUUUGACAGCCCUAAUUAUUAUAUAUUUUUUAAUUCAUAAUGUAUUUGGUUUGCUCUUUGUAAUUACUAUUUGCAAUAAUAACAGCAGUAUAUAUUAAGGAUUUAGUUUAGGUUUUUGGGCUUUGGAACGAAUUAAUGGAAUUACUGUAUAAUGUAUUCGUAUGGGAAAAUCUUGCUCGACAUACCACCAUUUCAACUUACAAACAAGGUCCUGGAACCAAUUAACUUCGUAUGUAGAGGUACCAUUGUAAUUUGCUGUGGGCCCCAAAAAAAUUAGGCAGUGGGCCGCAGUUGGCCCGUGGGUCGUUGGUUGGACACCAGAGCUCUAGAUCACAGCUUUCUUUUGUUCAUUGUAAAUAAAGAAAAUGCAUUCGCGAGAUUAAUGUAGGCGUUCGUUAAAUCUUUAUCGGCUGUUUUUUUGCGACAUCCACCCCAUCCAUACAGUAGUGUCUGAAAGGCAUGGAGAAGUGGUGGUUUACGAGCUACACCCGAAGGCAGCAUCGCUCUGAUUCAGACAAGCACGCGGCCAUUCAUAUUUUAAGCUCCCUUCUGAGGCUUUGAAACACUCGCCGGUGCACUCCAUCCAUUUUCGUUUUGAAGACAAGUAGGAAGGUUUGGGAGGAGCGCUGUAAGUCUAGUUUGUGAAACGAUGCCGAUGAAGUUGAAAAGUAAUGAGCGAGGAUGCUGAAACUGACGGCAAGCCCGCUUUGUUCGGAGCAGCGCAAGGCUUUUGUGCCGCUGUCGUCCCGUGCCUCAUCCCUUGCUGCUUUGUCUACACUUGGCCCGCUGAUAGAGACCGGCAGUGUGGUGUGUCAGUGGUGGACUGCGACCAGCAACAGCAGAGGUGGACUGGGACAAUGAGUCUGCAUGGGGCUGACGCCACUAGUGAUGCCAGUGGCGGAGUGAGAGGAGGAAGUGAAUAUUACUGGGAGCAGCGGCGACGCUCCAGUGACCGCUCACGUGAUUCGUCCCACGAGAGAGGAGAGAGUCAGCUGACCCCAUGCAUCCGGAAUGUAACAUCCCCCACUCGGCAGCACGACCGAGAACGUGGGGAUGGCGGUUCAUCCUCCAGAUCUUCAAGUCCGCGUCCUCCCAGGAGUUCACUUCCCUAUGUUGGAGGAGGUCUGUUUGCAGGACACCUACCUCGCUCUUUUGGACCCACUGUUCGUGACCAUCAUCCUAGGACCCUUGGCCAAGGACAAUGUGAUAUGAUCUACGUUUAUGACCUGAGCAAUAAAGAGGUUCAUCGUGGCGGUCAUCGAGUUGGAGAGCGAGUGACGCUUAUCGUGGACAAUACAAGAUUUGUCGUGGAUCCGGCCAUCUUUACAGCUCAGCCCAACACCAUGCUCGGCAGGAUGUUUGGUUCGGGGCGGGAGAACAAUUUCACUAGGCCCAAUGAAAAAGGAGAGUUUGAGGUUGCUGAUGGCAUCAGCUCCACGGUUUUUAGAGCCAUUUUGGAUUACUACAAAUCGGGGAUAAUCCGCUGCCCUGACGGCAUUUCCAUUCCUGAGCUGAGGGAGGCAUGUGACUACCUGUGUAUCUCCUUCAACUGCAGCACCAUCAAGUGCAGAGACCUCAGUGCCCUGAUGCAUGAGCUGUCCAACGACGGUGCCAGACGUCAGUUUGAGUGUUACCUGGAGGAGAUGGUGCUGCCUCUGAUGGUGGCCAGUGCACAGAGCGGAGAGCGGGAGUGCCACGUGGUGGUGCUGACUGAUGAUGACGUGGUGGACUGGGAUGAAGAGUACCCCCCACAGAUGGGAGAGGAGUACUCUCAGAUACUUUACAGCACCAAACUGUACCGUUUCUUCAAAUACAUUGAGAACCGAGACGUGGCCAAGUCUGUGUUGAAGGACAGAGGAUUGAAGAAGAUCCGACUGGGAAUAGAAGGCUACCCGACCUACAAAGAGAAGGUGAAGCGACGUCCCGGAGGUCGUCCAGAGGUCAUUUACAAUUAUGUCCAGCGACCUUUCAUUCGUAUGUCGUGGGAGAAGGAGGAGGGCAAAAGCCGCCAUGUGGAUUUUCAGUGUGUCAAGUCUAAGUCUACAACCAACCUGGCGGCUGCUGCCGCAGACAUCCCGCAGGACCAGUUGGUGGUCAUGCGUCCGUCAGGCCCGCAGGUGGACGAGUUGGACGCAGACCAGCAGCCUCACCGACCGACGCAAUCGGUUCAGUCCGCCGAGGGAGCAGCCCCCCGGCAGGAUCGGGACUCACUUGACCUCGUCGUUCACGGUCUGGCGGCGAGCGACCCGCGUCACAUUCAGGGAGCUUACCGCUACGAGCCCGAUCCAGACCCACCCUCGCCCUCUGCAUGAGACCUCGCCCCCUUUACAAGAUGGCUCUGAGAGUGGAUUUACAGAUGACACUUGGAGGUUAUUUGGAAGUCCAUUAUUCAAAAUCCUUAAUACCAAGUUUACGGUUCAUUUCAAAGUAAAUCUGACUAAAGACACAAUUGAGCAAACUAGUAUUAUUGUAACACUUUCCCACUACUAGUGCCACUUUUGGCAGGUACAAGUACUUGUGGUACAAGUUCAGACAAGUACACGUGGUUAUAGUACAAGUAGUCCCCAGGUUACGACGUACCUGACUUACGUGAUUUCAACUUUACGACACCAGAGUCUUGUCCGCAGUUUUGCUGUCUCAUCGUUUUUUUUGUUUUAAUCUCGUAAACAGAACCUUAUUGUACCUCACAGUACCUUAUGUUUUACGUUAUGAUAUUAAUAUGACUGUUCUGCCCUCUGGCGAAAUGUGUAUUUGAUUAUAAUGUUGACUUUUGUUUUGUGACACAUGCUUUUAUUUUGGCGCAGAAAGCGUAGAGCAGGUAGUACCGUAUUUUUCGGACUAUAAGUCGCACCUGAGUAUAAGUCGCACCAGCCAUAAAAUGCUCAACGAAGACGAAAAAUAUAUAUAUAAGUCGCACCGGAGUAUAAGUCAUUUUGGGGGGAAAUUUACUUGAUAAAAUCCAACACAUAGAACGGAUAUGUCAUCUUGAAAGGCAAAUUAAAAUAAAAAUACAAUAGAGAACAACAUGCUAAAUAAGUGUACAGUAUGGUAAUGUUACAUGAUGCAUUGAACAACCAAAUGCGAACGUGGCCGGUAUGUUAACGUAACGUAGCUAUUUAGAGUUAGUCAGAUUACUAUAGCAUAAAGAACAAGCUAACAAGUUUACCAAACCAUCAGUGUCACUCCAAAACACCAAAAUAACAUGUGACAUAUAAUAAUGUGUUAAUAAUUUUACACAUAAGUCGCACCCCCAGCCAAACUAUGAAAAAAAACUGCAACUUAUAGUACGAAAAAUAUGGUACUUCCACACACGUGUAAGAGCGUAUAUACACGCGAAGAAAAGAGUAUUUGCGUACACAAAGAAGAGCGCAUUUGCUCCCUCGAAAGUAAGAGAGAGGGGACAGGAGUUAAGGUCGCUGUCUAGUUCGGAUUUAGCUCCAACGUGUUGGCGAGGAGUACCGUACAAUGACGUAUAAUACAUGUUUUUAUUAAUAGUAUUAGGUUUUUUUUUAGAUUCAGGGUGUAUUUAAAGGCACUUAAAGGGUUAAUUCUGACUGACACUGAAAUUCAGGUUACAUCGCCCGCGUAGGAACGGAACUCGUUCGUAACCAGGGGACUACCUGUACACUCAAUUAUGGAUUUGUAAUACAAGUACAGUAGUCCAAGUGGUUCUUAAAAUGUGAUGCCUUCGGUGACAUGUUAAAAAAAAAAAAAUCACAGAAUACUUGAAGUGUAUAAAUCCAGCCCAAGUCACAUGAUUUCUUUGGGGCGUUAUGCCUCAUUUUCAAGCACAGUAAAACACACUGACCUCGGUCAGUAAUGCACCCCACCCCCCCAACCUUCGUGGCAAGAAACCACUUUGCCUUGUAGUCGCACCUUGACUGCUGCUUUACUGCAGAGAAACAGCACAUGAACUGGGCUACUUGCCCCCUUUUUUUUAUUGUGUUUGUUUUUUUUUUUUAUUUAUUAGAGCAAAUCGGAGUGCUGUAUGUGUUUUGUCUGACUAUACACACACAUAUUGGAUAUUAGGGUCGUUCCAGAAUUAGAGGACAUUUUGGCUUAAAAUUCUUGAAAAAAAUGACACUACUUUUUCUGCUACAGUGGGAUAAAAAAGUACCUGAACCUUUUGGAAUUUCUCACAUUUCUGCAUAAAAUCACUAUCAAAUGUGAUCUGAUCUUUGUCAAAAUUACACAGAUGAAAAAAACAGCGUCUGCUUGAACUAAAACCAACCAAACAUUUAUAGGUUUUCAUCUUUUAUUGAGGAUAGACCGCAAACAAUGACAGGAGGAGGAAAAAUAAGUAAGUGAACCACCACAUUUAAUAUUUUGUGGGGAGUCCCCUUGGCAGCAAUAACUUCAACCAGACACUUAGGGGCCGUUUACAUGAUGACUCUCCGAGAAGACGAAAAAUUUCAAAUGUGCGUCUACAUGGUUUCGUUUCCAUUCGAACAAUGUCGCAAUUCCGCAUGAAAACGAUGUAGUAUUCAUGCCAGGCCCUAGGGGGCAGUGCAGAUUUACAAGGUGAUAGCGAAUGAUGCACUUUGACCCCGCGGGGCUCCUCAGCCCGGAAGAAAACAUGCCCGCCCAUUCGAAGCAGUGGCAUUUUCCUUUUGCUCCAAAAGGCAAAAAUAUGGAAACUUUAAACAUAUUUAAAUGUAAAAAUAUUAUUAAAACAGUAAAUUAAAGCCGGCGUUCCGCCAUUUGUAGUUUUUAUUGUUAAAUAGCACCGCUGCACACGCCCAAUGUGACGUGUACGAGUGCUGACGUUAUCGUCGCGGGUCCGACGCGGCAGUAGCCUUUGAUAUGCAUGCGAAGCAAGCCCCCCUCAUUCCCCCGCAAUCGAAUUCUUCCACUUUCGAGGCAGGAUUCAGAAUUUUGCGUCUUCGCCUUUCGUCUUCGCCGACACCAUAUGCACGCGAGGCGAGUCCGCAACUCAGUUAUUGCGUCUUUGUGUCGCAGAGUCGCCAUGUAAACUGCCCCUUAGUGUCGCAGCAGAUCAGUCUGGCACAUCGAUCAGGACUAAUCUUGGCCCACUCCUAUCUACAAAACUGCUGUAGUUCAGUCAGAUUCCUAGGAUGUCUGGCAUGAAUCGUUGUCCUUAGUUCAUGCCACCGCAUCUCAAAGGGGUUCAAGUCUGUAACAUGUCUGUCAAUGUGUAUUUUGUUCUUCUGAAACCAUUGUGAAGUUGAUUUACUUCUGUGUUUUGGAUCAUUGUCUUGUUGGAGCAUCCAUCCUCUUCUUCGCCUAGCGUUUAGACGGCCUCAUGUCUUCCUGCAAAGCAUUUGUGACAAACUUUUGAAUUCAUUCCUCCAUUAAUUAUUGCAGGUUGUCCAGGUUCUGAGGCAGAUAAACUUUUGAAUUCAUUCUUUCAUUAAUUAUUGCCAGUUGUCCAGGCCCUGAGGUAGCAAAACAGCCCUAAAUCAUGAUGUUCACUCCACCAUGCUUCACGGUGGAGAUGAGGUGUUGAUGUUGGUGAGCUGUUCCAUUUUUCCUCCACACAUGACGUUGUGUGUUACUUCAAAACAAUUCAACUUUGGUUUUUAUCAGUCCACAAAAUAUUUUGCCAAAACUUCUGUGGGGUGUCAAAGUGCCUUUUUGCGAACAUUAAACUAGCAAAAAUGUUUCCCUCCCAUGAACACCAUUCUUGGCCAGAGUUUUACAUAUAGUUGAUGUGUGCACAGAGAGAUUUGACUGUGCCAGUGAUUUCUGUAAGUAUUUAACAGAUACUUUAGGGUUCUUUUUUUACCUCUCUGAGUAUUCUGCGUUGAACUCUUGGCAUCAUCUUUGGUGGACGGUCACUUCUUGGCAGGGAAGCAACAGUGCCAAACUCUUGUCAAUUUGGAGACAACUUCUCUGUCGAUUGAUGAACAUCCAGACUUUUAGAGAUGGUUUUUCAUCCUUUCCCAGCUUUAUACAAAUCAAUUAUCCUUGAUCGCAGGUCUUCAGACAGCUCUUUUGAGCGAGCCAUGAUGCACAUCAGACAAUGCUCCUCAUCAAGAAAAUUCUUACCAGGUGUGUGUUUCAUAAUGGGAAGGGCAGCUUUAAACCACUCAUCAGUGAUAGGGCACACAUUGACUUAAAUUUUUGGGUAAAAAUGGGUAAGUCUCCUUAGGCAGAGGGUUCACUUAUUUUUCCCUUUUCUGUCAUUGUUUGCAUGCUAUCCUCAUUAAAAUAUGAAAACAUAUAGAUGUUCGGGUGGUUUUAGUUAAAGCAGACAGUUUUUACAUCUGUGUGAUUUUGACAAAGAUCGGCUCACAUUUGAUGGUGAUUUUAUGUAAGGUUCAGAUACUUUUUCAUACCGCUGUACACAUUCAUCAAUAAAACUAUCAGUCCUGAUUAGCUCAUCUUACAAAUGAGUGGUUACAUUUUUAUUAUGAUUUAUUUGAUAUUUCCAUUCAGCAUAUCACAGUAACAGGGUUGCAGGUUACAGGGUUUAGUAGUAGACACUGUCACAGCUCAUGUUGUAGUUGGGGGUGUGUACACUUUCAUUAUUUUUAACUAUUCCUCCAUUAUUCAUGGACAAAUCACAAUGGAAUACGGGAUCCUUGGGAUUCAUACACAUCAAUCCUCAGAGCCAAUUUUUUUUUUUUUUUAUGUUUGGGGUUUUUUUUUACAUAUGGACUGUUGCAUCUAGGUUAUAAGUUAGCCACCUCCAUUAAGUUGGCCCCCAUUAGACACAAAUUUAGAUAACAAUGAUGUGAAUUGUUUGUGCUGCAAAAAGUUUCAUUUGUGCUGCUAUCGUUUUUGAGAUACACUACCGUUCUCGACCCCAAACUUUUCAACCGUAGUGUACAUAAUGAAAAAUCCCAUAUGAUACACUACGGUUCAAAAGUUUGGGGUCACUUAGACCCCAAACUUUUGAACGGUAGUGUAUUUACAAUUCUUUUAUAGGUCAGUCAGAGUUCAACCAGAACCCCUUUUUGAUUAAAAAUUGUGUCAAUCGCAUGUUUCGUUUGUGCUGUAAAAAUUUUCAUUUGUGCUGCUGUGAUUUUAUAGCUAUUGAGAUAAUAAUUUCGAGUGAUGACGUCAAUCGCAGCCCCUCCGUCGCAACUGACGGAGUGUACCAACUCUCAAUAACAGAGGGGUGUCCCUACAACUAGCGCAAACGAAGCAUAAACAAAUGAUCAACCCUUCGGGUCCAUUUUGCAGGAAAUGGGGGCUGUGAGACGUCAUCACUCGAAAUUAAUAUCGCAAAAACGAUAGCACAAACGAAACCUUUUACAGCAUUAACGAUUGUCACUAUUUUUAGCCAUUUAAUCGAAAUGAGGGGCUGGAUGACGUCAGAUUGACCUAUAAAACAAUUGUAAUUAUCUAAAAAAUGACAGAACAAACAAAACUUUUCACAGCACAAACAUAGCACACAUGAUUGACAUGAUUUUUUUUUUUUUUUUUUUUUAUAAAUUUGCAUCUGAUGGGGGGCCAACUUCACGAAUGUAAGAUAGCCAGGAAAGGGCAUGCAUGUUCCUUGUUACAGCCUUUCAUAGCACACUAGUUUUUGAUCUUUUAGAUUUGGUCUAAGGACCAGUAAAUUUACUCAUAAACUGCUGUAGGUUCUGGAUUAUUUAAAAUUUGAAGGAUAGGUCGUAAAAUAUCCUCCGAUUCCGGAAUGACCCAUUUUAUUGUGCAUGUCGUCGCCAUGGUGAGGCUACAGUUACAGUUGUGGCCAAUUGGAGACACUCGGUUUAAAUUUUUUGAAGUGGUUUUACAAGAAUCCACAUUCAAUAUGACCACUGGAUGUCACUUUUUCUGCCAUUUGGUUUUUGACUGAAACCGCACUACCGCUACAAGUCUUUUUACACUUGUGAUGGAUUUGCAAGCAAAUCUACUCGCCGCAGGGUCUAUUAUUCUUGUCCCAACCAAGGAGAAGGGUCUCUCCUGGCUGACUUGACAAUAUUGCACAUGUUAGGCACUGCUGCAAGAACAUGCUGAUGUCAAUGUAUAUUGAAUUCAUUUUAGACAAUAAACACUGAUCUUGAUAUGUUGACUUGGUUCUUUGAAGACAUGAUUAGUUUCAAACAUUUUAGAGGAUUUAGCACACUAACAGAAAGCAUGUUGUCACUACGGAGCAUCUAGUUAUAUUGAAAUUAAUUCAGGUUGCUCAACAAAUGCUAUAAAAUAACAGUGGCAGCUUUAUUGUGAAGCAGUCUGAUGACUUAGAUGUCCAUCCUAAUGGAAAAAAACAAAAGAUCUGCUUAAUCGCCUGAAAAUACACAAGCAAAAGAAACAUGAAGCUGACAGAAUUUAAGCUCCAAAUAAUAAAAAAACACAUCUGAACUGACAGGAACAAAUGGUUUGAUUUUAAAAAUCACAGCAAUACAAUACACUCAUAUACAUAGUCAUUUCCAGUGAUCCCUCGUUUUUCGUGGUUAAUGGGGAUCAAGCUUAUUUGGAAUUUAAUAAAAAAAGUGUCUUCAAUGUAUUCAUUCAGAUUUAACAGCAUUGGAAAGAGUUACAUAAAAGACUUGUUUUCCCCUUUUUAUCCCAAAGUAUAAUUUAAAAAAAAAUGCUUUCAUGUAUAUUUUUAUGAAUGGUUUUUAAGCACUGCAAAUGUAAUUUGUUAAGUGCGUGGCGAAGUGUAUCUGAGCGUCUUCAUAUCUGACACUGCGGGUGAAGACUUCCAUGGUUUGAAUGCACAGGAGGAAGAUGAAGAUUGCUAACAAAAACUUUUAUGUUUUUAAAAACCAGCCCAAUUUGUGCUGUACCGCCGUGCUGAUGCUAUGUAACUUCUGUGCCGCUGCUAUAUAACUGCCGUGUUUGCUGGCGCUGAUUGGAAUGAAAAGUUAAGGUGUGUUAU